CGGGGCGGCCGCAGCCCCGGGACCGGCAUGGCUCAGCCGCGCUGCCGCUCCGUGCUCAUCACCGGCUGCAGCCGCGGCAUCGGGCUGGGGCUGGUGCGGGGGCUGGCGGCCGGCCCCGCCGCCCCGGACCUGGUGCUCGCCACGUGCCGCUGCCCCGAGAAGGCGCAGGAACUCCAGCAGCUCAGCAAGCAAUACAACAAUAUCAGAUUGCUUCAACUUGAUGUGGUCUCUGAAAACAGCAUAAAAAAAGUAGUUAAGGAAGUAGAAGAAAUUGUAGGAGACAAAGGGCUGAACUGCCUCAUUAACAAUGCUGGCAUCAAUGUGCUUGCUUCCCUGGAAGAAGUCACUGCUGAAACAAUGCUCACCAUUUAUGAAACCAACACGGUUGCCCAGUUGAUGGUUACCAAGGCUUUUCUCCCCCUUCUGAGAAAGGCAGCCCAACUGAGCACUGGUAUGGGGUGUCACCGAGCUGCCAUUAUCAACAUGUCCUCGGUAGCUGCCUCCAUGCAGUUGGUCCAGGCAAAUGAGGUGUUCCUCAAAGUGUAUCCUUACAGAAUAGCAAAGACUGCACUGAAUAUGAUCACCAGGUGUCUUGCUGCAGACUUGAAAUCAGAUGGAAUUCUUUGUAUUUCUUUGCACCCAGGAUGGGUUCAAACUGAUAUGGGAGGAAACCUGGCUCCCUUACAGGUGGAAGAUUCAAUUCCGGGUAUCCUCUCAGUCCUGGCUAAUCUUGGUGAAAAGCAGAAUGGCUCCUUCCUAGACUGGCAAGGGGAAACAUUACCGUGGUAACAUAUACCACGGACAACGGGACCAGUUUGCCAGCUAAUAUUUAACUUGUGGCACUGUCUUUGUCUAUAGUUUCUUUUUUAUACUAGUUUUGAAAUAACCCAUUUGUUAUUCAACUGGACAGAUGUAUUUGGGGAGUAGUGACAGAUUUUUGUUUGUUUGUUUUUAAUCUGUAAUGACUUGACCAGAGCAAUAUGCCUUUUGGCAAACACUUUGCCUUAGAAGGCAAGGCAGCAGCAUUUGGAGUGGGUACUCUUCACCUACCACCCCAACUUGCUGAAGUGCAGCUUGAGGCUAGGAACUGUUCCACUUAGCUUCCAAAAAACCAAAGGUGAUAGCUCUUCAAAAGUAAUAUAAGGCAUACUACAUUGGCCAAAGUCAGAGGUGACGGACACCACUGCCUUUUGGAGUUAGGCCUACUGAUCUAUGAAAUGGAAUUAUUCAGAUAUUUCAUGCUGAAAGGUAGAGGGAGAUGUCUUGAUUUCUCCUGAAAAGUGAACUGCUUUCUUACCUUUUGUACUGUACAUGAGUCUUGCAGGUGACAACUCAGGUGAACCAACAGUGAAGUUCACUUAAUUAAAUCACCUGGAUUCUGCAUUUCUGUAACCUCUUCAGCCUCCUCUGUUAGCAAGCCCAUGCUGAUUGCACAAGACUCUUGUUUACUUCCAUAAUGGAUGCCUAACACACCCUGGUACGAUGGGGGAGGCUCUUGGACAUAAUCUCCUAACUAGUCUCCAAUAAAAGUCUUAUUAAACAAAA